AUGUUGGAUGCUGUGCUGCUUGGACCGGGUCCCAUUAUAUCCCCGUCGGGGAUAUCGUUAAACCCAAACACCACCGCAAAACCACAGCUCCUCCUCACACCGAACACACUCAGGAAACGACGGAGAGAGUCGUCGGAUCUGAGGUCCGCCAUUCCGAUUUCGGAUCCACCGGGCUUCCCCGGUCGCGCCAUGUUCUCGCGCGGGUGGUCGAUUCGGGUCGAGUCGGUGAAAAAGCCGGACGAUUACGCUGACGUCAGCAUGCCGGGAGAUGAAGAGGAUGUUCCGGGAGAAACAACGAAAAGUUCCAUGGCGGGGGCGAAGCCGGUGACGAUGUCUUUGAUGGAUCUGUUGGAAGAAACAGAUCGGCAAAUGGGGUUGACGGGGUCCAGAUACGCCAUGGAUGAAGACGACGAGGACGAAGAAGAUGGAGUCGGAGACGGAGAGUUCGACUGCUGCGUGUGUGGGGUGAAGAUCAAAGGGGCGGCGUUCAUACCAUGUGGGCACACCUUCUGUCAGCUCUGCUCUAAAGACCUGAUGGUCCAGAAAGGUCACUGCCCUGUCUGCAGUUGCUUCAUCAUCGAGUUCCUUGAGAUCUUUUAGAGGUGAGUGCAUCAGUUUUUAGACCUCUUUUCCUGAGAAUAUUAGCAGCUGUUGUUACAUUACAUCCAACAGUGCAGCCAAGAAAAAAGCUACGAACUUUCAAUGUUUUGCAUGAUGAGAGAGGUUCAUCUCAGAGCCAUGUCUGCUCAAGAUGUUGCACAUUGUC